AUGAAUCAAGUCUUACCAAUAUUACCCUCAUAAAUUAAUAAUACUAUAUUGAAAAGGAUGCCUAAUAAUGAAUUACUUUUAGAGUAUCAAAUUCAAUAAAAUACUGAUUGUAAAGAUGCAUUUGAAUGGGAUCUUAAUGCAUCUUAAAUACAUCAAACUGCAUUAGCAUAAAUAGUUUCUGUUGAUUUUAGGAUAGGGACUAUAACAUUAAGCUAUGAAAAAUAAUAGUUACUUAAUGCAGCAAUAAGAAAUAAUAAUUAGCUCAAUUAAUUAUAUAUUCUAUUCCAAUUAUUGGAGACAUGUUAUGAAUUACAUAAGAGAUUUUUAUUAGGAAGAUGCUUAUCUACAUCAGCAAUAGAGAUAGAUCCAAAUUCUAAGAUAAAGAUUUAUAGAUAUGGAUUUAGUCAUAAUUUAAUGAAUAAGGAUGAACUAAUACAAUUAGCUCCUGAAACUAUAUUCGAGGAUAAGGUCUAAAUCAGUAGUGAUAUCUGGCUUAUAGGGAUGAUUCUCUACGAAUUAACUUUUAAGAAACCGAUUUCCUAAUUCAAGUAUCCAGAUUAAUUAUCUCAAUAUAAAAAUUUCAUAAGAACUUCCAUGCAGAAUAAUACGUUUGAAAAUUUAUAUAGCAAUUUUGUAGAUCCUAAAAUUUCGGUAAUUUUGUAAUUACUUUUAAUUUUUGAUGCUGAAGCUAGAGUAGAAUCAUAUUAAGCAGUAAUUCUUAACUUGAAAGAUUUGUUACCUCAACACAAAGCAAAAUUAGAUGAAAUAUUGAGAUUCUAUGAAAAUGAUAUAACUCACAUAUCUAUAAAGAUUAAUUCAAAAAGUGAGCAAAGAGACCCUCCAAAUAGAACAAGAUAAAAAAAUGUCAAAUCAAAAUCACUUGAUAAAAAAUAAAUAUACUAUGAGAAUUUGCUUCAUGCUAGUAGAAGAAUCAUUAAUAAAAAAGAAUUAAAAUAUGCUUACACUCAAAAUGUUUAAUAAAUUGAGUCAAUUUAUAAAUUACAAAUAGUGCAUAAAGAAAAUUAAAUCUAAUAAAACAUUAAUUUAUGCUAAAAUGUCAACUUUCAGCUUUAUUAAAUCUCAUUUUUAAUUAAUUUAAGAUAACUAAUUGCUUCUUUAACAAACGGAACAGAACUUAUGAUUUUAGAUAAAUAUUUAUUUGUAAAAAUUGAGUAAAUAAUCGAUUUACUAAUAAAUAAUAUUAAAAACAUUAAAAGCAUAUUAUUUACAUCAGAAUUAAAUCAUAUUUAGAAUUUAUUAGGCUAAAUAAAAAAUAAUUAUUCAGAUAUAAGCAAAAUUUCUGAUCGCCUCCCUGCAAAAUUUUUAAAGACUACGUUACAAAAUUAAAUAUAAUAAUUCUUAUAAGUUCUUCAAAAUAAUAACCUAACUCAAAAAAUUGCUGCAUAAAUUAGUUUAAGAUUGUUAAUUGCUUAGAAUAUUGAAUAUUAUUUAGCUGACAAAUAAUCUGUUAAUUUAUUUUUCUUUCCAAUGAAAUUCUAUCUGGGUUUGAGUGAAAUUACAGAGCCUUAAGAAAUUGAAAGAUAUCUACAAAGAUCUACAAUCAGCUAAUAAAUUUACUUGCAAAAUCUCCUAAUGAAGUAUAAGUAAUAGCAGUAAAUUUAAUGA